AAUGUUGAAUCGAAGUAUACACUGAGUUUAGUUUUGUUAGAGUAGCUUCAUUUAUUCAAAAUUAUGUGUUUGUCUCCAAAUUAUGUUAUUAGAUUAGUGGCUUCUUGCUUUUAAAAUGGAACCGACCUGCACGUCCAACACGCCAGCUGAUCGGCUGCCAUCUACCAUCAUUCGCCGACGUCGUCGACAAAAGAAGUUCCACAAUCAACAUAAGGAUACAACAUUGUCGUUGUUUUCCAAACCCUACUCCAACUAUCGUCUGCCGGUCUCUGUGGCCUCGACUGAUCUGAAUUUGGUACAACUGAGCCGAUAUGACUCACUCGUGGAUCGUGCUCGACACCCUCCCCUCUAUGUUGUGCCAGAUCAAAAGUCACAAUGGGCGCGUUUACGUAUGAUUUCAUGUCCUAUACAAGGCUGUUCCUGUACAUUGGAUCCGAAUGGAUGGCUGGCGCACUAUUUGAACGAGCACUUGCCAAGGACGGGUAUAGCCUUCAAGGAUGUUGCAUUCCCUACUGAGAAAAAAACGUUGCAUGCUGUCUGCCAUAUUAAUACUCUUGAAUACGACGUUGACAAACUACUAGGGGUCUAUGGAUAUCAGCGACUUGGUCUCAAUCCGCUUAAUUGUCCUCGAAAUACGCUUCUUCCCAGGGAUUACCGUAAAUUCUCGCAGCAUGGUGUUUUAAUGCUGUUUGCUUGCCGCACCAGGCAUUCACUGCUAUGGGAACGCAAACAGAUGACCGAUGUGAUAGCCAUUUGGGUAUCAACUCCAUUGCAGGGCGUAUCUAUUACAUUGCGUUGUGUAGUUCAGCCUGCGCAAUCCACGCGAUACUAUUCCAAGCGCAUUCACGCCCGAUCAUUGCCAACGACAGCGGUGCAAGCUGCGCCAUGCCGCGACUUUAUCAAGACGGAUAGCAACGUCAUUGUCAUUAGCUGUCAAGACUUGUGGCCACUAAUGUCAUUAAGUCCAGGGCAACAGUUGCUGCAUGUGGAGCUGCACGUGAUGGGCGAACAGAAGGUCUAAUUGCGUUUCAAUAAAAAUUGGUCAGGCGAAACUAUAAAUAAAUUUUUAUUUUUUCUUAUUUAGCAAUAACUAUAGUACACACAACAGUAAAUGUAUCAACAAAAUAUUAGAUAUUAGAGAUAUACAUAUAUAUAUAUAUAUAUAAUAGAUUUGCACUAAGAAAAUGAUACGUUUAGCAAGCUAAUAGAAUUACGGAGAUUACGCCUUGGUUGCGGAUAGCUCGUAGCAUGUAAGAAGCAUAUCGCCCGCAACAUACAAACAAUUGAGUGAAGAUCCUCAAUACACAAUUCAAUCUGCAUUAAUCUUACAUAUAUUUCGUACAAUUUUGUCGAUUUCAUUCGGUUGCACUUACAAUAUACAAGUGGGUAAAUUUACAGAUUUUGAUCUUACCAUAUACAUAAAAUUUAGAUUAAAAUACACUACAAUUCCUGUAUAUAAAUGUAUAUAAAAAUAUACAAAUAUAUAGUUGGUAUUUAAAUGUUUGUUUCAUUUAAAUGU